CGAGUGUUAUUUACCUCGAGAUGUCUCGCGAGCUAAAAAUUCCUUCUACGAAGCCUCUCCUCUCUGCUAUAAAAUUCAUCAACCAAUUAAAUGGAAAUUUUCUCUUUCAGAUCGAUUCAUCCUAUCCAACCGAUUGAGUUCCGUUAGGUCGUGCGCCACAGCGAAUCCUUUUCGUUUGUCCAUCUUUUCAUAUAUAUCUUGGUGGAGAUUCAGGUGGUGGUGCGGGAGCUGCUUUGGGGAUGAAUAUUCAGUGAAGAAUUGGAGAAGCUUGGGAAAGUUAUAGAGGAAGAUUUAGCAAACCAAUACUUUGACGAGGAAAUUCAAAUGCUGAUUUUUCCAAAGGACCUGUCGGUAACUUCAGAUAAGUUUCAACUCAAAGAUAACGAGGCCUUUUGUGGGGAGUCUGGAAUUACUGACAUGUUCAAAGACUCUGAGGAAAAGGAAGAACAGGAGUUCAAAGAACAAUUAAAUAAGCUUGAGGAAGAUUUGAAGAAGGAUGGAACAUUGGAAUUCUUGUCCUUGGAAGACCCUCAACCUGAAAUGUUGGCAGGAAAUGAUUUGGUGAGGCAGGAAUACUGCAACGAGUAUGGACUGCAGGUGCCUGUAAUUGGAGAGCCUCAUCAUGACCCUGCUGGCAUGAAAGGAGGAACCACUGCUGCUGCUGGAUCCUCUGGUGGUCCUGCCAUCCAAUGAAAAGUUUAACUUCACCUUGAUCCCACUUUAAUGUAGUUUCUUAUGGGACAUGUUACAUGGAUGAUGGAGGUUUUAUGGUUAUCUUGUCUUAUAGUAGCCAUGGAUUAUGUUGGUGCAGCUAUCAUCUAGAAUGAUAUGAACCUAAUUACAUGAACACUAAUUAGAUGGUUGUGUUGAAUGGGAUAUUUGCAAUGGAUGUUAAUUAUAUAAACUACAUGUUAUUUAGAGUGUUUUUUAGAGGUUUACCUUUCUCUUGAUUCCACAUUUAUGUAGCUU